UUUUAGGAGGAGAUUUUCCGUAAAUUAUCACAUUGAACCGAUGUAACUGAUUCCUUCAUGUAUCGAUCACUUUAUUUGGGCGACAUUAGAGAUGACCAAAGUGAUGUUCAACAACUACAAACGCCCACUUUGAAUCAAAGAAAAACGAGUGAUUUUCUACUUAUUCAAGUAAACAAGCUUUCUGCCGAAGACCGUGAAUUGCUAUGCGAAACGUUUAACUUAAUUGAAAAGGAUUUAGUAUCGAAUGGUCUCAGAAUAUUUCUCGA